GCGACUCGUUGUCCUCUCUGCACGAAUCGUUUUCCGAAGCCAUGUUGAAGCAGCCGGUGGGCCAGAAACGACUCACGAAUGUUGCUGUGGUGCGAAUGAAGAAAUCUGGAAUGCGAUUCGAAAUCGCCUGUUACAAGAACAAGGUUCUGAACUGGCGCGAGGGCAUCGAGAAGGAGUUGAAUGAAGUUCUUCAAACCGAAACGGUCUUCACCAAUGUCUCCAAGGCCGUGAUCGCCAAGAGCGAGGAUUUGCAAAAGGCCUUUGGAACGGUGGAUUUGGCCGAGAUUUGCAAGAUGAUUCUGAAGGAUGGUGCAGUGCAGGUCUCUGAUAAAGAGCGGGAAGUCCACAUGGACAGUCUCUCCAAAGACAUUGUACAGAAUAUCGCCGAUCGUUUGGUGCACACUGACACAGGGCGUGCGCUGACGCAGAACGCGGUGGAGAGCGCCUUGAAGAGUAUUGGCUUCAGCGUGCAGCCAGACCAGCCGGCGAAGAAGCAGGCGUUGAAGGCCAUGGAGGACAUCCAAAAGAAGCUUCCAGGCAGCUUCUCACGCGCCAAGAUGAGAGUCAGGAUGACUUUCCCUGACCACCUUCUGGAGAGCAUCAACAAAUAUAUUUUGGAAGAUUGCUCGGCUACGAUCGAGAAGUCUGAAGUGGCCACUACUGAACUUACGUCAGCGCAGGCAGAGCAUGAGAAUGACACGUCUGUGGCAAAUGCUCCAAAGCAGACAUUCAGAAGUCUCACCUUCAUUUGCAAUCCUGGUCAUUACAGAGAUUUGGAUAGACUCGCAACGAAGGUGCACGCGGGCGAGAGCGUGUCUUUGCACAUGGUGACUCAAAACGUCGUUGGUGCCACACAGCCUGCUGGAGGCCAAGUGACCAGCCGAGCGCAUUCGUUUCACUUGGUUUUCUUUUGAGUUGCUGAGCUUAGGUAUUGGAUCUGCCUAGUUGGUUGAACAACUGCAUCCAAUACAUAUAUAAUAUAUUAUAAUAUAUAUAUAUAUACAUACACAUACUACCGGGAAAUGAGUUGGGACUUGUCGAGGAGAUAGGUCACAAAUAAGGUACACAAGGCUUGGGCAGAUGAGAUGCUGAUGCCACAACAAUUGAAACCCAUCUCAUUUGCUAUACCGUAGGCGUACCGUAGGCGUAGGCGUCAAUGACAGCUUUCAGCCGAUGAGAUAGGACUAUGUGCUGAAUCUCAAUCAAAACUAAGCUUUUUAUCGAGAGCUGCGGAGAUAGUCAUUGGCUGCGGAGAUGUCUACCUAGAGCUCCCCACUUAUCUAGCGUGUCCAGGUUGUACCGAUAAGAUUUGACACUUUGGCUGGGACCUUCGGAGGCCCGCGCGCUGUCAUAUGCUGCCAUCAGCAAUGCUCUUUCAGCACAUGAGUUAGGUCCUUAUGGCCAAUUGUAUCUUCUCCUGUCGUCUCCGCCAAAAGUAGGCUUUCGGCAGAUGAGAUAGUCCAACGGAUUUCUGGGGUGUACAAGUAUGUUCGAAUACUCCCAACUCAUUUGGGAAGCUCUC